AUGUUGGCCGAGUAUCUGCCCGCGCGGGUGGGGAGACCCGACUAUCGCUCCCCUCGUCAGGUUCCUGGCUUCUCCGCUGGGCGCUUGACUGUUGGCCGCGUUCCUGGCUGGUCGGCGUCGUUUCCGCUCGAAGAGCAGACUGCACCUCACCCCAAUCCCGUGGGGAGAGACCCCAUGCUGACCAUGUGCCGGAUAUUGAAUCUGGCGGAGGCGUGCGAGGUGGUGGCGAACUUGCAGCUGGCAGUGUGUGGGGCCACCCGGAACUUUCCGAGCAGGGCUGCUCAGGCCGGGACCCCCCUGGACGUGCUCCAGUCAUCGGCGCAUCUUCUUCUUGCGGUAUCGGCGUGUAUGCGCUCGAUGCUUGAGAUGGAGGGGGCGGAGCCGUACACGAUGUAG